UUUCUUGAGCGAACCAACUCAUAGAAAUGAAAGAAUUGCCUUAGUUGACUUUUUUUUUUUUGUAUUGCAAAAUAGUUUGAAAACAAGUUGGAACAUGUCGCAACAGCAGCAAAAACGUGCCAGUGCCUCCGAUGCACCCCACAAUGAGAUUAUCAAUUUAGACGAUGACGACGAAGAUGGCAAUGGCGAUGGCGAUGAAGAUGAUGUGCAAUAUUUGGGCACAGUUUAUCAACAACAACAUCUCAAUCCUGUCACUGUUCCAGUUGCAACAGUAUCAACUCCCACAACGGAUCUCUAUGUUUCGCCAUCCACCUCGGCUCAGGCGCAGGCUGCCUCAGCCUCCUGCUCCUCCUCCACCUCCACGAAUGCCACGGAAGAGACUACAGCAGGUGAUGCUGGCGGUGCUAGUGGUUGUAGCAAUGCUGUUGCUCCCUUGGAGUGUCCUAUAUGCCUGCAGACUUGCAUACAUCCAGCUCGUUUGCCCUGUGGCCACAUAUUUUGCUUCUUGUGUGUUAAGGGUGUUGCCUAUAAGAAUCGUCGCUGUGCGAUGUGCAGACGUGAAAUACCCGCCGAAUUUCUAGAUCAUCCGCAAUUGGUUAAUGGCAUUGAUGACAUUUGUGCCACACGAGCCACCGAGGAUGGCUAUCAAUGGUAUUACGAGGGUAGAAAUGGUUGGUGGCAAUAUGAUGAUCGCACCAGCCAGGACAUUGAGGAGGCUUUCAAAAAGGGUGACAAAUCGUGUACAAUUUUAGUUGCUGGCUAUGUAUAUAUCGUAGAUCUAGAGCAACUCCUGCAACAGCGUCAAAAUGAGCCACAGCGAUGUCGUCGGGUUAAACGUGAUUUGGCAACCAUACCUAAGAAAGGAGUUGCCGGCCUUAGGAUUGAGGGUAAUCAGGUUACCAGUGAGACUGUUUUCAGUAGACAAACAACCAAUAGCAACAGCAACAAUCAUCACAAUCCAUUGACAACUGCUGGCAAUGUCAUCAAUCAUCAAUCAUUAAACACUGCCGUUCCCAUUGCAAUACCGGCCACAACAUCCUCCUCAUUGGCUGCUGCUGCCUCCAGUUUCAUUUCAACAAUAGCAGCUACCGAUGCUGCCAUGCGAAUAGCCAGCGAUAUUAUUGGAUCAACAUUGGCCCAUGCUGAUGAGCUUACACGUGGCUUGACCUCCAGCAAUAUAAGUGAUGAUCCUGCUGCCACUAUAAGCGGUGAGCAACAACAACAACAACUACAACAACUAGAGCAGGUGAACAAUCCAAAUCAAUCCUCUGCCUCUAUAGCCUCCUCUUCGUCGCCACAUUCCAUGCAAGAUCUCAUGUAUAUGGUAUCAACUGAAGAUCUUUUGGAUACCACACAACAGGUGAUAGCAACCAAUCAGCAUACCAUAGAUCUCUUCGAGCAGGCCUUGAAUGAUUUUCAAGCACUAACCAUGCGACAAUAUGUGGACUCUAGCGAUGACGAUGAUGAUGAUGACGACGAUGAAGACGACGAUCACCUUAAUAAUGGAGUUAUCGGCAAUGGUAUUCAACGGAAUGAGGACCAGCGACAACAGCAUCGACAGAAUGAGGGAGAGCUUGGGGGGGAGGGCGAGGUAGAGGAGGAUCAUAUACAGCCACCACACCAUACACAAAAUUUCUAAUUGUAAACACUUGUUCCUUACUUAACCAAAAGCGAAGAAAACACUUUAAGGGAAUAUGUUCACUAGAGAAAUGCCGGCGCGUACCUGAAGAGCAUAUACACAUUCAUUUAAUCAGAGAGAAAGAGAGACAUACAGAUAGUUAGAGAAUGAAAGGCAAAGAAAGUACACACACACACACCCAUAGAAACACACAUACAUAUACACAGGGUAGUAAAACAGGGUAAAAAUUCCUUUUAAAGUCCAGUUUAAGAAAAAGCGAUUUCCAAAGUUUGUGCGUGGUAGUAAACAGAUAUAUGUAUACUUAUCUAUAUAUAUGGAACAGAUUUCAUUCAUAAAUCACAAGAUAUACUUAUACACAUAGACAUAAUUGCAAAAACUAAAUCUUUUGAGCUCUUGUGUUUACCUAGCCAAAUUGAUAAAAUCGAUCAAAAAUAUUAUAAAGUAAUUAUCUUAACAAAAUGAAAGUCCACACACCCAAAAACACAUCAUAUCAGAGAUACUCGUAUAUCAAAAAUUUCAUUUUAAAAGUAAUUUUACAAGAACAUUUCUCAUACUAACCGAUUGAAUCUUGAAAUGGAAUUUAUUGAAUUUCAUUUUUUUUAAUCUAAUGUAAUUAUACAAAAAAUCUCAGCCACGCAUUAACCGAAAUUGUGGUUAUUCCCUUUGACACACUCUCUUUCUGUACAUAAUGAUCUUACACAUACAUAGAGAAAAUUAUUAUACUUUAUUUCCAAAAAAAAAAAAAAAAAAAUACCCAAUCUCCUUUUAACCACCAA